CCCUCAGGUUUGAUUUUGCGAACUCCAACGUGAAUGACGAGCACCUGAAUAAGAUGAACCCUCACCGCGUUCCUGAUGUGGUGCUGAUCAAGAAGAGCUACGACCGCAGCAGGAGGGUGAAGCGCAGGAACUGGAAACUGGAGGAGAUGCCCAGAGACCGUGAAGACAACAACACAGAUGAUGAGAGACAAUACCAGGACUUCCUCGAGGAUCUGGAGGAGGACGAGGCUCUGAGGAAGAAUGUCAACAUCUACAAAGAUGCGUCAAAGAUCCCGUGGAGAGCGACGCCGAGGAUGAUGGAGCGCCACGUAUUUCCCUGACGGAGAUGCUGGAGGAGCUCACCCUAUCAGACGCCACAGGAGGAGAUGGUGCAGACAUGAUGACAGAAUAACCAGUCGCCAUCAGUGUGUCACUGAGGGCUCAUCUGUCAAACAAAUGUCCACUGAUGAGGGAUUCAAACAAUCGACUGAGGCUUUUUGUUGAUUGAAAUGAAUCAUCACAGUUAAGUCAGUAAAAUGUGACUUAUAUCGGUGCCACUAAGUAACAGAUAAGUUUCCUCUGAGAAACUGGACCUUCAGUUACUGGACCUGCAAAUUUAAGAUUUUAUGUCAUUUCUCUACUUCUCUUCUCCUUUUGUGGUGUAUAAUCUUUGAAGUGAUGUAUAAAUGGAGUGACUAUAGUAAACUCUAUCCAAAUAAAUAUUUGCUCCUCUGCAAACUUUACACAAAUCUGUCUGUGCAGUGUUUAAUUUGGUGCGAUUGAUGUGUUCAAUGAAUCAAAGUUUUUAAGUGCGUUUCUGUAGUCAUCCACCAGAGGGAGCUUUGGACGACUGAAAAAGGAGGUAGACCCCACAUGCAGUGAACUGAUCCUCACCUGUUAAAUGUUGUCGUUUGGCUACUGUGGACACAUAUACAAUCUAUGGUGGACGCCCAGAAUGUGUUGACCUGAAAAACUCCAACAGUUGUUUAAAAUGACUUUAAAGAGCAGAGUUAAUAUCAAACUGUGUUGGGGGAUUUUGAGAACAU